GAAAGUGAAAGUUUCAAAAGACAAUCGUCAAGAAAUCUUCGACAUCCGCAACUUAUAGAUUUCAAAUCAGUUAUGAAACCACCAAAGAGGCCUCGUAAUGUUCCCAAAAAGGUUUCACAGCAGCCUGCAGGUCCAGCAAAGAAAUAUAGAAAAGGCAAAGUGCCGUCCACACGAGGAGCACUUUCAAAAUCACAGAACACGACAAGAACCGUACAAGUUUCUAGUACAGCGACCGAUUCUUCUAAUUUGGCAAUUGCUAGUGGUCCAGUUAUCAGCAUUGUAUCAGACGCACAUCAGGAACCCCCAUUCGUUCCUUUCAGGAUUCAAGAUGAAAUGGAUACAGAAAGUCCAAAUGGUAACGCGGGAGACGCACUGGACAGACCAAGGGGAGCUUGGAUACCUCCCAAUCCACUACCUGGCCCCAGCGGGAUGAGUCCAGCAAACAACAACCUUGGUAUGUUAUCUGUCUCAAAUCAUUUUGUAACUCACGGGUCGGGUUCUGGGUCUUUAGAUACUAGUUUACAACAUGUACAAGUGGACCAAUCCCCUUCAUACAUUUCAAGUGUUUUUGAUCCCAUUUCAUCUCACAUUCCGGUCAAAAUUAAGGAAAAAAUAUGGAACGGUGAGUUCAUUGACCUGAACAUUCUUCUUAGAUCCACUCGGGACCUUGUAAACGAGCAAAAUUUAGAGGGUGAUCUGGUAUUAAAAGGGGGGGUUUUAUCAUUAGUUAACCAAAAGAAAAGUCCCAUAACAAGUAUUCAUGUCUGGACUUCCGCUUUCAUGAUUUAUGGAAGUGUAUUGCUCGAAAAAUGGCCCAACAAAGGUCUGGAGUUUUUCAAAUACAUGCAAACAGUCAGAAUGGCAGCCUCGAGAGGUUACACUGGAGGCUGGGUUCAUUACGAUGAGCAGUUUAGAUUACGUAAAGUUUUUUCCCCCUUUUCUUCAUGGGGAGUUGUCGAUAUGGAAUUGUGGUUGCUAUGUGUAUCUAUUCCGAACGUUAGUCCUUCUUUUAAUACAGGACUUUCAAAUGGCAACAACCUUCAAUUACAUAGUGGGAAUUCAUCAACAAGUGGGGUGUCGAGUCAAAAUGUAGGACAACGCCGCGUGUUUACAUGCAGAUAUUUCAAUAACAAGGGUACUUGUAGAUUUGGCAAGAAUUGCAAAUUUACGCACAAAUGCUCGAAAUGUAAUGGUAGUCAUCCCUAUUUAGAUUGCAGGAAUUAAUUCCGCUUUGUUUACCUUGUUUUGUAAAUAUUAUUUUUCCAAGAAAUUAUAUGUAGAUUUCUUUCAGUACAACUGAACUUGUUUUUUUAGAAAUGGGCGAGUUAUCUCUCCUUGUACUGUAUUUACUAUAGUUUAUCAUGUUAAUUAAUUUGUGUUUGUUUUUGUUUUAAUUUGCAGGUUACACACAUUUGUAUUCUCUAGGUAAUUCGCCAAUAAACGUCGAUGAAGUAAAGAAAGCUCUCAAAAACUACCCGUAUCAAGAGGUUGCGCGAGACCUGAUCCAAGGUCUCGAAACUGGGUUUAAAUUAAAAUA